AUGCUAAUAAGCGGUAAUGGUAGCCAAUUUCGCAGUAAUGAAUUUAACGCGUUUCUUACGACUUAUGGAGUUCAUCAUAUUUACACCGCGUUAUACUCACCCCAAAGCAACGCUUCGGAAAGGGUUAAUAGAUCGAUCAUUGCCGCAAUAAGAUCGUAUCUUAAAAAAGAUCAUCGUGAAUGGGAUGAAAACAUAUCCUCAAUCAGUUGUGCACUUCGUAAUGCCAUUCACAACUCCAUUGGUUUCUCUCCUUAUCAUGCAUUAUACGGUUUCGAUAUGAUAACGCAUGCUUCGUCGUAUAAACUACUUAAAGAUAUUCAAUCGUUAGGAGAAUCUGAUGUUAAUAUACUACGUGAUGAUAGGUUAGCUUUGUUACGCGAUUCUAUUUCAAAGAACAUGAAAAAAACUUACGAUAUUAAUGUGAAACAGUACAAUUUAAGAGCCAGGUCAGUGGGUUAUAAUGUAGGACAGGAAGUAUUCCGAAGGAAUUUUGCUCAGAGCAGCGCGGAGAAAAAUUUUAAUGCCAAACUAAGUCCUCUUUAUAUACGAGCUAGAGUAAAAGAAAAGCUAGGAAACUGUUAUUAUGUAUUAGAAGAUAUAGAGUCUAAGAAUUCAGGUACAUAUCACGCCAAGGAUAUCAAAAUUUGA